AAUCUUUUCUUUAUAGAUUGGUCGAUAUACAAUAAAAUGGAGAUUGAAUCGGUGACGUGUGAAUGUUGCGGCUUAACGGAAGAUUGUACACAACUCUACAUUAGUAAUGUCAAAGCUAACUUCGCCGGAAAAUGGCUAUGUGGGCUUUGUUCCGAGGCGGUGAGUGAUGAGUUCAGCCGUAGUCCGAAGACUACGACGGUGGAGGAAGCUGUUAAUGCUCAUGUGUCUUUUUGUGGCAAGUUUAACGCUAAUCCGGCAGAACUUGUUGCUGACGGCAUGAGACAAAUGCUACGGAGGAGGUCCGGUGAGUUAUCGCCGAAGAAGUCCAAGAAGUUCGGAAGAUCUUACACUACGUAAUUAUGUGUAUUCAUCUUUUCUUCUCAUUUUGUUCUUUUUAGU